GUCCAUGUGGGAUGAGCAAGAAGAUGAAAUGCUUCGCAAAGUGGUCCAGAAAUUUAGUGAGAGCCCAGUUUGAUGGUCGCCAAUUGCUUGCCGAGAAAUCUAGCACUGACAAGUUUGGCGGGCUAGCCGAGAACGGCGAACACCUCGAUUGGCAUCGCAUUGCUUCUUAUAUUCCUGGCCGAAAUAACAAAGAUUGUAGGAAACGAUGGCAUUAUUCGACUGGUGCCAAAGUAAAUAAGGGCUCAUGGCAGGAUGAUAUAGAGAUAGAUGGUUUCUGGUCGCACAAGUAGUCGGAACCAGGAAUGGUGAUCGUAUGUGCUUCCCUGAUAUUGCACU